AUGUUGGAGGAGGAAGCCAAACAGAGAGAGGCCCCUUGCAAGAAGAAGAGGAGACACAAGGGCCUCGAUUGCUGCGGCAGCGACACCACUCCUGCAGCAGCAGCAGGAGCAGCAGCAACAGCAACAGCAGCAGCAGAGGCAGCAGAAGCAGGAGAAGCACCAGCAAGAGCAAAACGCGGUACAGAGUCUUCGCGCUCAGCUGCAGCAGAAGGAGCAGCAGCAGCAGGAGCAGCAGAAACAGACGCAGCAGCAGCAGCAGCUGCAGCAGCAGCAGCAGAUCCUCAGCAGUCUAAAUGUGCAGGAUACCCCCAACGGAAGCGGAAGGAGAUCAGCAACAGCAACAGGGGCAGCAUCACUACCAGCAGCAGCAGCAGCAGCAGCAGCAGCAGCAGCAGCAGCAGCAAGACUGAUUCUAAAUCUUCUUUCGGCUUUUCUAAAGGCGGCAGCAUAUCACUACCUCAUUCUUCAGAAGGGGGCCCCUCCUCUGCUGCUGCAACUGGGGCCCCCCCUAAAGCUAAUGGGGGCCCCCAUAGGGCCAAUGGGGGCCCCCCUAGAGGUCAUGGGGGCCCCCCUAAAGGUCAUGGGGGCCCUUAUAAAGGUAAAGGGGGCCCCUCUACGGACCAAGGGGGCCCCCCAGCAGCAAGAUGGGGGCCUCCUUCAUCCCGAAGAGGGGGCCCCCUUCCUGCUGCAGUUGGGGGCCCCCAAGCUGCUCGCACAUUUCGUCCUUCUAUAGGAGUUGAAGGAAAGAAAGAAGGUGCUGCAGCAGCAGCAGCAGCAGCAGCAGCAGCAGCACCAGCAGAAAGAGCAGCACCAGCCGGAGCACCAGCAGCAGCAGGAGCAGCAGCAGGAGCAGCAGAUAAGAAGGGUUUGGGUUUAAGAGACGAAGAGAUGCUGCCUGUGCUACGUUAUCAAGGUUUGCUUCGUGCUGCAGUAGACGAGAAGCAAAUAAUAAUAGUUGUUGGGGAGACAGGCUCAGGAAAGACAACUCAGAUCCCUCAGUUGCUGCUGCGCUGGGGUGUAUGUACACCGGGGACGUGUAUAGUAAUAUCACAGCCUCGGCGAGUUGCUGCUGUCUCUCUUGCUGCUCGUGUUGCUGCUGAGAUGGGUGAAGCAGCAGUAGGAGGAGUUGUGGGGUUUAACGCAGCAAUGCUGACGGUGCUGCAGAUACACCUGGGGAGUGCUGACGGAGACAUUUUGGUGUUCCUCCCGGGGCAGGAGGAGAUAGAAAGUUUAGAGGCUUUGCUUCGCCUGAAGCUGCAGCAGCUAGAGGCCUUUGUGCAGCAGCACCACAAGCAGCAGCAGCAGCAGC